UUAACGGUGGGAAAGAACGUUUCACGUAAGGUUUCUUCGUUUGUUUGUUUCAGACCAUUGCUGAAACAGAUAAAGAACUCGGCUGAGUCGCAUAUAGUCCUGGACUGUUCAACCGAAAGGAUUUACGACGUGUUGAAGCAGGCUCAACAAAUAGGAAUGAUGAGCGACUAUCACAGUUACCUCAUCACUUCUUUGGAUCUCCAUAGCGUCGACCUAGAAGAAUUUAAACACGGCGGGACCAAUAUCACUGCUUUUCGUCUGGUUGAUCCAGAGAAACCUGAGAUUCAACGAGUUGUGCAAGACUGGAUUUAUGGUGAGAAGCGUUAUAAUCGUGAACUCGACAUGGGCCAGACUUCUAACAAGAACAACCAGACUUGCAUAAAGACUGAAACUUCUUUGAUGUACGACGCAGUAUAUCUUUUUGCCAAAGCAUUACACGAUCUUGAUACUUCCCAACAAAUCGACAUCAAACCACUUUCAUGCGAAUCCACCGACACCUGGCCACAUGGAUAUUCUUUAAUUAAUUACAUGAAAAUCGUUGAAAUGACUGGUUUAACUGGGAUCAUCAAGUUUGAUCAUCAAGGAUUCCGUUCGGAUUUUAUUCUAGAUAUUAUUGAACUUAAUAAUAAGGAUGGUUUGAAGAAGAUUGGCACGUGGAAUAGCACGAAGGGUAUUAACUUUACCAGAAGUUAUGGGGACGUAUAUACACAAAUCGUCGAAAAUUUACAAAACAAAACUUUCAUCGUUACGACCAUAUUGAGUGCUCCCUACUGUAUGCGGAAGGAUUCGAGUGAGAAGCUUAGCGGAAAUGCGCAAUUCGAGGGAUACAGCGUCGACUUGAUUUACGAGAUAUCGCGAAUCCUUGGCUUCAAUUAUACCUUCAGACUGGUGCCGGAUGGCCGUUACGGUUCGUACAAUAAGCAGACCAAGGAAUGGGAUGGGAUGAUGAAGGAGCUUCUAGAUCAAAAGGCCGACCUCGCGAUCGCUGAUUUAACCAUCACUUACGAUCGUGAACAGGCAGUAGAUUUUACUAUGCCUUUCAUGAAUUUAGGUAUAAGCAUAUUGUAUCGAAAACCGAUAAAACAGCCACCAAAUCUCUUCUCAUUUCUAAGUCCAUUAAGCCUCGACGUUUGGAUCUACAUGGCAACAGCUUACCUGGGGGUAUCCGUUUUGCUGUUCAUCCUUGCGAGAUUUACACCGUACGAGUGGUACAAUCCUCAUCCGUGCAACAAAAACCCGGAUCAUCUGGAGAAUCGAUUCAAGUUACUCAACUGCCUCUGGUUCACCAUUGGAUCGUUAAUGCGGCAGGGUUGCGAUAUUCUGCCAAAGGCCGUAUCGACUCGCAUGGUAGCCGGUAUGUGGUGGUUCUUCACCCUGAUCAUGAUAUCAUCCUACACCGCUAACUUGGCAGCAUUUCUUACCGUCGAAAGAAUGGAUUCGCCAAUCGAAAGUGCCGAAGAUUUAGCGAAACAAACGAAAAUCAAAUAUGGCGCAUUAAAGGGCGGUAGCACCGCUGCAUUUUUUCGGGAUUCCAAUUUCUCGACGUAUCAGCGCAUGUGGUCCUUCAUGGAUUCGGCGAAGCCGACGGUAUUUACAUCGAGCAACGUCGAGGGCGUAGAUCGAGUGAUCAAGGGAAAGGGAAGCUACGCAUUCCUAAUGGAAUCCACUUCCAUUGAAUACGUAAUCGAGAGGAACUGCGACCUAACUCAAGUCGGCGGUCUCUUGGACUCGAAAGGAUAUGGCAUAGCCAUGCCACCAAAUUCGCCGUACAGGACUGCUAUAAGCGGAGCCAUAUUGAAACUUCAAGAAGAAGGGAAGCUGCACUUACUGAAGACUCGAUGGUGGAAGGAGAAACGAGGGGGUGGAUCUUGCAGGGACGAUACAUCAAAGAGCAGUUCAGCGGCGAACGAGUUGGGUCUAGCAAAUGUUGGUGGCGUAUUCGUAGUGCUGAUGGGUGGCAUGGGCGUUGCCUGUGUAAUAGCAGUCUGCGAGUUUGUCUGGAAGAGCAGGAAGGUCGCUAUCGAGGAACGGAAAUCGAUGUGCUCCGAAAUGGCGACCGAAUUACGUUUCGCAUUGGAUUGCGGCAAUGGCAAUAAGAAAAUAUCGAAGAAAACGCAACGGCAACGACAACGUUCAAAUCUUUCGAUCCUCUCGGAGGAGGAGGGUGGUUAUGCCGCAUGUAGCAGAUACACUCAUUUCGUUGGAAAAGCACCUUUAACGUGAACGAAGAAGACAACGACUUACUACAAAAAUGAAGUUUCUUCUCUCUCAUUUUUCGUGUCCGUGUAUCGUUCAUUUGUGUCUGUGGAUUUUCGUGGCUGUGUAAUUUGUGUGGUAAUAAUCGGUUGUUCAAUCAGAGGCAAGAAAACAAAUAAUAAUAAUAAUAAUAAUAAUAUUAAUAAUAUAAUAAUAUAAUAAUAAUAAUAAUAAUAAUAAUACUAAACGAAAUGUCAUCAUCGAAUUUGGAUUCAAUUAUCACUCUCUCUCUCUCUUUUUAUGUAUACGUCUGAUUUUUUUAUAAAUAAUUGCCAAAGAGAGAGAGAGAGAGAGAGAGAGAAAGAGAGAGAGGGAGAAAGAGAGAAAGAAAGGAAUAGUUCGAUACAGAUUAUAAGAAACGAUUAUGUUUAAAUAGAUUCGACUAUUUGAUUGUUUCGUUUGUAUACAGAAUAAAUUAAAUUAAUUAUUGAUGAUUUUCAAUCGUCGACGAUGAUCGUUGCGUUAAAAUGUUUUCAAACUUUAAUUUAAUUUUUGUAUUUUCUCGUAGUUUAAUUUAAUCAAAGUUUAAUCAUUGUUGUUGUAACGAAUAAUUAUUGUAUAUUGUUACGAAAAAUCACGACAAUUUAUUUUAUCGUAACGUUAAACGAUGAUCGUUGAGAUUUAGGACAUCAACGUUCUUAUUUUUAAGCCGAUUAAAAAAAAAAUAUAUAAAUAUUAUAUAGCAUCGAUUGUUCUGUACAAAAGAUAUUCAGAAAAUAUUUGUGAACGAAUACGAUUUCGAUAAGAAAUUUAUGAUAAAAAGAUCGAACGUUAAACUUUCAUUGUGUUUUACAAGAAAAACACGUUCAAUCUUUUUUUUACACUCGCAAAAUACGAUAGUAUUCAUGGAAAAUAAUUCGCAAAAAUCGCAAGGUCAAGCAACGCGAAGAAUCAGGUGUAUCGAUCAGGUGGUUCUAUAUUAUAAUCAUCUGUAGAUAACGUUAAAACAAAACAAAAAAAUCAAUAACAAACAUUUUUGUAUAUCUCCUAUUCUCAUUAAUCAUUCAAAUUUGUAUAAAUUCUCGAAUCUAUGUGGGCUAAAAGUACGAGUCGUGUCCGCGAGUUGUUUCACAAUCUACGUUUGUCGUUUACUUCUGACAAGAAAAAUAAAAAUAAAAAAGACAAAAAAAAAUAAUAAGCAUAAAAAUAAAAAUAA